AUGGCUUCGACGCAGCAAAACACCAGCAUGCAGCCAUCUUCUUCAUCUUCAUCCCAGCCAGUACCAGCCUCCUCCUCCUCUGCCUCCUUCUCCUCAGCCGCUAACUGGCAACAAUCUUCUGCACCUGAAGAACUUCCACCACCACCACCACCGCCACCACCGUCAUCAGCAACAGAAGCAAUCACUGAACUUGAACAGCAGCAGCAGGGAGGACUAUCAAAAACCACCGCCGGUGGUAGGCCACCACCACAACAACAACAACAAAGUCCACAGUCGAAAAACGUCAACACAGCAGCAACAACAUCAGCAGCAGCUCAAAACAGCACCUACAACAAACAGCCCUACAAUCCCGGAACGGAGAUGACGAACAUGGCGAGCACUUCAGCGUCGGCUUCGGCCUCAGCGGCAGUGGUGGCCUCCAGGGCAACGCCUGCCAGGCCAUCAACUUCAGGAAACAAUGGCAACCUCAACCAUCACCCCUCACCAAACCACCACGCCGGUGUUCAGCGAAACAACUCCUCAGCCGCGGCCAAAUCACCCUCCCCUCGAAGCAUCGUCUCUCCGCACGUGCCCGAGGUGCGUGAGUACCUCUUCAAGCUGCUGGUAAUUGGCGAGCUGGGCACCGGAAAGACCAGCUUCAUCAAGCGCUACGUCCACCAGUACUUCUCGCAGCACUACCGCGCUACGAUCGGCGUCGACUUUGCACUGAAAGUACUAAACUGGGAUGACAAUACGCUGAUACGCGUUCAGCUGUGGGACAUUGCCGGCCAGGAGCGCUUUGGAAAUAUGACGCGCGUCUACUACAAGGAGGCAGUGGGCGCCUUUCUCGUCUUUGACGUCAACUCGCCGCAGACCUUCAACGCCAUCAUCAAGUGGAAGCACGACCUAGACACAAAGGUCUGCCUCGCCGACGGCAAUCCCAUUCCCUGUCUGCUGCUUGCCAACAAGUGCGACUCACCAAAGGAGGGCCCAGCUGCGAAUCCAGAGGCGCUAGACAAGUUUGCCCGCGAUAACAACUUCUGCGGAUGGUUCUACACCUCCGCCAAGGAGAACAUCAACGUCGAGGAGGCGUCCAAGUUUCUNGACUCACCGAAGGAGGGCCCCGCUGCCAAUCCAGAGGCGCUGGACAAGUUUGCCCGCGAUAACAACUUCUGCGGAUGGUUUUACACCUCCGCCAAGGAGAACAUCAACGUCGAGGAGGCGUCCAAGUUUCUGGUCGGCAAGAUUCUGCAACGACAGAAGCACUUUGUGAUGGAGGACCACCCUGGAACGAGCGACGUGAUCAGCCUCGACUACAGCCGACACGCCCAGAGCACUCAGCCGAAGAAGUGUGGCUGCUGA